AGGUCAACCUUAUACUUUAGCUAGUGAUAUAUAUAGUUUUUCUAUAAUUAUGUGGGAAUUAAUAUUUGGAGUUCCUCCAUUUGAUAAUAAAGCUCAUGAUUUUCAACUUAGUUUAGAUAUUUGCAAAGGUAGACAUCUCAAAAUUAUUAAAAAUAUUUCACAAUGUUAUAUAGAUUUAAUGAAAAAAUGUUGGGAUAUGGAUCCAUUAAAAAGACCAACUGCAUCAGAAAUUAAAAAUAUUAUUAAAAAUUGGAUUGAAAAUAUUCUGAAAAAAAAAUUUUGA